UGCGACAUAGAGGAGCUUGGCGGUUGGCGUCAGUAUAAUAUGUAUACUUGUUUCCUUCUCUAUUAUUUUAUUUUUAAUACCGAAGGCAAUGACUGGUUCUAUAAAAAAAAUAAGGAAAAUAAAUACAAGAUGAAACAGAAAAGCUUCAAUAAACACAACCAGCUGGACGAGCCGAAUAUUAUUUUUGAGGUUAUUUUUUUGUUGCUGAAUUGUAUAGAAUAAUAUUUUUACAAUAUUUUUGAUUCAAAUUAUCAAGCGACGAGACUUUAUGCUGUGCGAAAACAAGGAUUCUGAGGAGGUGAUUCAAGAAACUACAAAACUUGGCUAGUUUUGUACUUGAUUGUUUUCAGAACUUAAUUAAGAAAGCUACGCAAAUGAGGCAGUAACAGUAUAAUCACAUGAUCGUCUGCGUGCUGAUGAUUUCCUUGUGACACUUUUGGAUUCUCCAGCUCCAGCGCAGGAGCGUUUUACAGAAUCGAGAGGUUCAAAAAAUGAAAUUAUUUUGGCGUAGGUAAUUAACUGUCAGAUGGCUGCAUUAGAAACUAAAAAGAUAUAAACAUAAAAAUCAAACUUAUUACGUCCUGUUAAACAGCAUUUCGAUAUCUGAAGUAAAUAACCAGUAAUUAGCCAUUUUAAUGUUAUGGUUAGGUUAGGUUAACUACAUUUAUAAUUAUAUAAAUAAAAUAUUGUAAGAAAAUCGUGUGAACGUUUGGUAAGACUAGAUUAGCUAAAUUAAGUAUUGUUUGUUCAUAAUGUGUGAAAUACAUUUUAUCUAAACUUAACCUACAAUCUUUUUCUUUUUUGCAAGAAUCGACAACAUGUGCAAAAAUCUAUACGCGGAAACAUACAUUAAUUAUAUUUUAAACCAUCACAAAUACAAUGAAAUACAUAGAUUACCAGAUAAGCCACUUUAAGACGACUGUCGACUACUAACAACAUACAAAUAUAUUUUCUUCAGUGUUAAAAUUGGUGAAAAUCAUAUGAACAUACUGCUGGAAAAUAAUUAUAUUUUUAGGUUAUGUAAAAAUACAAUUAUAUUUUUUCCAUUGUACAUAUUUAUUAAUACAAAUGUCAGGAAAUAAAAAAAAGUAUUUAUUUCUUAAUUUUUGUUUGCUUUCUUGGUAUAAUUGCCACUGCCUCAUACAUACACCUGCUAAAACAAUUUUUUCAGCUUUAAAACAUUUGGAUAUUUAGAUUUAGUUAUUACCUGAAGUUUGACUACAACCCGGUAGUAAUAAGUUGUCCCCCUACUUCACUCCCCCAUACCUUUGAGCUUUCUCUUUAGUUCCCUUGCCCUUCUCACUUCCAACAAAUCCCCCCCCCCCCCCCCAUGUCCCUCCUCUCCUAUCCUGUCCUGGCGAGGAACUGUUUGCCUUCACACCCUCUAUAUCUCCCUCGGUACCUUCUGUGUAAUUUACUUACCAGCUUUUCCAGCCCCCUUCCCCUUGUCCGUUUUGGGCAGCCUCAACAACCUUCUCUCCAGGGACAUCUCAAGGCCAGGCAAGCCGGGCAAUCGCCCAGGGUCCCGCGUAUAGCAGGGCCCCUCCCUAGCUCUUUUAAUAUACAGACACACCUGUGAAUUUGAAGUGGUAUUUCACCUCCGUUCAUUAUACGUGCACUUUCCUUCCCCUCUUCCCUUCACCUCUUUCCCUCCUCUCCUGACAUCAUGCAUUUCUGUCCCCCUCUUCCACUUCCUGCCAAUCCCCUCUGUGCAUGCACGGAGGGGAGGUUGUGUUGUUGUUUUUUCUGUGGUUAUAAACUGGUCUUCACUUCUACUCGCCGAUGAGCUAGACUAAGUUCGUUGCUUGAUCUGGUGGGGGUAUUUUGGUAGGAACACCAAACCAGGUGUGGCCUCAAGAUGUUUGUUUCUUGAUUACUUGCAUGGUGGUUGCAAAUGAACUUUACUUCCUCACGUUCCCUUUGUACUAAAUUACGUUUCGGCCAACACCUUUCUAAAUUAUGGCUUGGUAUAGACAUUUUGUGUGCAUUGUGGCACUGUACUUGUAACUCAUUUGUCCAACUAUCACCCGAGAAGCCAUGCUGGGUCAGUGUCACCUUCCAAAUGGCAUCCAGUAUUUCAAAAUGUUCACUAGCACAUUUGAAACAGACUGCCAAAUACUUAAACUUUACUUUCUGCUUAAGUGUUAAUCAUUUGUUGAAAAAGAACUUUGUGUCGUACAACUCAAGGUUAAUAAGCUCAACACUUUGCUCAAAGUGGCAUCUCCGCCCAGUUUGCCGGAUACACAGGACUCUCUCGGACCUGAAAGUGAGAAGAGAAAAUGCACUUUUAGAAACUGAUGGUUUUGAAGAACAACAACCGUGUGAUGUCGUCCAAAGGAAAUGGAACACAGAACAGAAACGUGUGCUUGAUGAAGCAGUUUCGAAGGAUAACCCACCAACGUCAGCAGAGUGGCUGGAACUCAGAGAGACCAUUUUAGGUAUGACAGGUUUCAUCACGGAGAAAAACAUAGAUGCUCUAGUGAUGGCAGCGUGCAUCGCGAGCAGAAAACUUGCCGUGGGCACUAGCUACAUCAAGUACCUGUGGGCCGCGGGUAGGAGCCUCAACAUCGCCACUGCUAGCGGCUUCCUCAAGUUGUGCAGCGUGUGUAGCGAAGAAUCGGUCGUCGACGAGGACUUGGUUUUGUCAGUGUACAGCGGCCUUUGUUCGUCGUGCCCGUUGAUGGAUGCGCAGACAGCGCAGAAUGCGAUCCUCGCACUGUGCCUCACGCACCGCUGGGAGGAGGGCUUAGAGUUGCUAGAAACUGUGAAGAUCACAGCCACUCCGAACAUGCUGGUUCUCAAUUCAAUGGUUAAAGCAGCGUUCAGUCACAACCGGCCCGAGGUUGGUUGGAGCCUGAUGGAUGAAAUUCUCCACUUGAACAGGAAACUGAUGCCCAUGGCAUAUUUAGCUUGGUUAGAUUAUUGUGCCGGGCAAGAUAAGGAUAGUGGUGUUAAAUAUCUGGAUCAGCUUCUCACCUACAUGGCCCUUAAUGAUCUCAGACCAACCAAAGAUGUUGCUUCCAGGUUAAACGACUGUUUUGUUGACUUUUCCACGCCUGAUACUAAAUGGGUUGGGACUUUCACAAGUCUUAUACGCAAGGGCAAAUGUAAGUCUUGUGGAAAUUUACUUCCUCCUGUCUCUUUGACGGCCGAAGAGUUUGGAAAACUCCGAGAAGUAUUUGUGGAGCAGGUGUUGAUUGGUCGUAAUGUGUUCCUGAAGACAAGUCCGGCAGAAGUGGAGGAAUUCAGGCGUUUCCUGCAGUCUUGCCGCCCCUACGACGUUGUUGUGGACGGGCUGAAUGUGGCAUUCUCAGGAGUGAAAAGCAGUCACAAUCCUAGGAUACUUGCAGGGUUUGUGCAUGCUGUUGUGAAACACUUUGUCUCCCAGUCAAAGACAGUUCUUGUUCUGGGACGGAAGCACAUGGCAAAAUGGCCGCGAGACACCAUGAAUUAUGUGUACAGGAAUGCCCAAGUGUUCCUUGCACACAAUCUCUCCUUACGCGUGUCUGGGACAUUUCGCAGUGCCGGGCCUAUCCCGCCCACCUUAAACUUCACCUCGCCACGUGACCCUUCCCUUUCGCCGUGGGGUAACCCUCAGUUCCGUAGUGAGACUGCCAUCAGGGUAACUAAUACUUAACGUAGAUAAGUAACAAACUCAAGUGUUUUGUUACAUGUAGUGCACUAUUUUUCAAUGUCAGACUCAAGUGUUUUAGUGCAUGUAGUGUUCUAAGUGUUCUUGCUAAUUCCAUGUAACUUUUCACCAAUGCCACGUGCUGAUUAAAGUUACGUUAAUCCAACUGAGAACUUCUCGUUCCGUAGUUUUAAGACUACUUUGUUAGGGAUCAGUGUAUGUACUAUGCUGUGUAGGGACCAUGUACCCAUCACUUAGCUACAAUUCCCACUAGACACCAACCAACAGCUGAGGGCCUAGUGGGACCACACUGGGGUUGACAAAACCCACACAGCAAACUUGGUUAGUUGCAGACUAGCCUGGCACCCUCUCAGAGAAGCAACAUCAGAGCACCAGAAAACCCACUAGGCUCACCCCGCGUAUCGAACACGAAGCCGCGGUAGAUGGCAUUAUAUAAACUUAUUAACCGGUAAUAUUUUGAUCAAAUUUUCUUCUGAUCAGCUUAACUACAGUCAUUAAUAAAAGCAGGUGUGCACGACUAAUGACGCUGCCCAUGUCAAAAGCAAAUAUUCAUAAUAAUGUGACUUUUCCUCAAGAUAUAUUUAAUUGUAAUGAAAUAAUGAAAUUGUUGUGGUGUGUCAAGUAUUGUAUAUGCAUUGCGAAUUACAAUUUCACAUAAUGAACACGCACAAACCCAGUAAAUCAAAAGAACUUUUAAAUUGAUAUGGAUAUAAUAAUAAUAAAUGAAAUAACUAAUUAAGAUGGAAAAUAUUAUUUUUCAGUAGACACAAAACUUUUACGUUGAAAGUUCAAAGAGGUCACAAGCAUACAUUUUAUUACAAUAUUGAAAUUACUGUUUAAAUAGCAAUAUGUUUAUGUCUAUUUAUUCAAGUAACUGAAGUUUCACUUAAUAUAAUGUUUAAAUGAGAUACCCUUGAAUGCUUGGUAAUACUGCAAUAUUUAAGUGUGAAUUGAUGGGGUUGUAUGUAUGGACACCAGAAAACACUUUCACCAUACUAAAUUGCUGCAAAAUACUCAGGGUUCGGUAAAGCAAUGAAAUCUUUGUCACAGGACCACCAGGUAGACAGUAUAGACUACAGGAAAUGUUAGCUACAGUAAUAGAGGAUGAACUAGAGCUACAACUGUAGACGUCAGGAACUCGGCUACAGCUGCUCCUCCAUGUUGCUGAAAACUGCUAGUAUAUUUUUACAGUAUCACCAAAGACAAUCUAAGAUCAGGGUGCAGUGCGCCAUCUGCGACACUGCCAAAACUUCCAUACUGGGAUAACGGAAACGCCUGACAUGGAAGUUCACAACAGCUUCGCCAUUACACCCUAUAUUACAAGUGUCGGAUGUCCUGAAAAUUAACUGAUAUGGAAGACCACUAAGUAAUCUGCAAUCUGCGGUCUUCUUGUAUCCUGUGUGGGGUCCCGUGGGAAUUGGGACAGCCCCACACACAGGAGAAGUCUUACCCAAUGUAUGACUAGGAAGGGACUCUUUCCUUCGCUUGCUUAAACUGCAUUAUUACCAGAAACUUCCAAGUCAAACUGAGUAAGGCACCAAAGAGAAACAUUACUAUGAGAAAUAUUAGAUGAUAUAAUUUCUACCUAGCAAACUGUGUUCAGGUGUAAGUUCAUGAAGAAAUUGUGCCUAGUGCAGACUCAGUACAAAAGGUAAUGAUUCAAUUAUAAAAAUAACUACAAAGAACACACUAGGAGAAAUUAGACUGUAAAUAAAAGUUAACAAUCCUAUUAAAGGGCAGCUUGCUAUAACUUUUGGAUAACUUUAGUAUAAAACAUUACAAUAAUUAAAAUUAAUAUAUCAAUACAUGUGUAAAAUAACUAUAACAAACAUCAUGUAAACAUUCUGAUAUAAAAAUAAAUAAACAUCCGCCAUAUUGGUAUGUGAAAUUCAGAAAAAAAAUGGGGGAAAAACAGCUUCAUGUCUGACAGCUAAUGCUACAUCUGUAUCCUUUCCUAAUCUCUGUAUAACACUUAGUAAAAUUUAACUUCAUCACAUUUUAAUGAACCUGUUUGGUUAAUUGAAUUGUAAAUAUUUUUUGGGUUAUCAAGGUUUCCAUAUUUGGCUUAUCAACUACUACAUAGGUACAUCAACUUUGCUAUUUUGAAUUUAAAAAGUGAUUCAAAAAUUUAUUGUCCAUAAUUUAUGUCAUUUAAUUUUGAUGAUGUAUUCGCCUCAAGAUGUACCUGUUAUUUUUAUGCAACAUUGCAAGGGUGGAAGGUCACUUUUAUCACAGCUUGUCAUGGCUCAAGCCUUUUGUGCAUCCCAUCCAUUGCAUGUGUUAACUGCUAAUGAACAUGACUGUACUAACUCAUUCAGGACUUGUACUUAUGUUAUUUAUGUGAAAACAUAUUUAUCACUAUCAUAAGUUAAAUUAUUUUUCACAGAGAAUUGAGUGUUUUUUGCCUUGCAUUAUGUUUGUCAACAAAUAGCAAAUUAAAUUUAUAUAUAUUUUUAUUGCUACAAUUGUUUAUUUGCAGCUAUAAAUAGGAUAAUAAACCUUAUCAGUAAACAAUUGGUAUCAGUAAAAUACGAGCACCGAAAACUUUGUAACUUUGAACAGGGGCAGAUCCAGAAAGAGAGGGGUGGGCAUGGAGGCACCAGAAGGGUAAAAUAUGCGCUGGGUAAUAUGACUUCUGAAGUAAGGAAUAUAUAUUACACUAGGUCAAGACUACUGCCCCUCCACUCCAGAAGUCAGACCUGGAUCUGCUACCGACUAUGAGAAACACUAGUGAUUUUAAAUCACAAAGAUGUUACGGACAAAUUUUCAAAUAAAAACAAAUCAUUUAGAUUUUUUGUUUAAUGCUAAUAAUAGAAAAUUAAAAAAAAAAAAGAUUGGAGAGUAACUUAAUUUCAAAUAAGAGCCAAGGUGGUUGAGUGAUCCGAUGACUUGACACCAUUUUUGGUGGGCUCGAACCAGAAUUUUUUGCAAGUGGUUAAUGUGGGGGAGUUUCCGAAAACCGGUGGGUUGUCUGGGGGUACUCUUGUUUCCUCCAAUUGUUCAUUCUGUCAGUGAUCCAUUAUUAUCUCAUCACUGUUCAUCGCCUCUAUUGACUCCCAUUGUUGAUUAUGACACUAAGCCCAUAAUUAAUUAAUUCAUUCAUUUAGUCAUUCAUAUUCUUAAAAUAUGUUUUUUUAGUUUAAAUUCUUGGUACUGUGAUGUUGCUAAACUUUUUUUGUGGUAUCUGCAAGGUUUAACUUGCUGUAUGACAAAGAGUAUUGAUAUUUUGGUUGCAUUCAAUGAAACUAGACAGUUAAUAAUUAUUAUAGUCAGUAAUCAGUGAUUUGGUACCUAAAAGUGACUUGUGCGAUAGAUUUAUUUAGAAAAAACUUGUUAAUGUUGCUGUAAGUCUAAAAUAUUUAUGAGUGUUUUCACCAUACAUGUAAGUUACGUGUGAAAAUUUGCUCACAAUUUAUAUUUAGUAUCAAUCUGGUAAAAUUUAUUCAGUGAAACAUUUUUCUUGCAUGUUGCAAAACUAACACGGUCUU